CGGUUUUUUUACUAACCGUAAACCGGAAAUUGGGAGCCACGCAAAAUUAGGGUCGCCUUCUUCUUCUUCUUCUCUGACAUCGUCAUUUUGACAUCGGAAGAAUCUUCAGUGCCGAGAAAGAUAAACAAAAUGGCGGCAAUCAGAACGAUGACGAACAUGAUUCUACGCGAGUUCAUCCAUCAUCCACUUCUCCUUCACUCUUCAUCGAAAUCGUGUCAAUCUCUUUUACCAUGUCUCCGUCUCACUCCCCUAAUUUCUCCAAUUCACUCUAAUUCCCGGCUCGUAUCCGUCCGAUGUGCGGCAUCGACCUCCGGUGGAAGCGGUGGUGAUCGGAAAGUCUCUUCACGGUUGUCGCAGGUGCAACAGAUGCUUCAUGAAGCCGAAGAGAGAGCUAGUUCCGCUGGCAAUGAGCCUACUCCUCAAAUCACUCUAGACAAUGUUACACUUAACUUUGCUAGAAGUGGUGGUCCUGGAGGCCAGAAUGUGAACAAAUUGAAUACCAAAGUAGAUAUGCGCUUCAAUGUUAAGAACGCGUAUUGGCUGAGUGACAGGAUCAGAGAGAAAAUCUUACUGACGGAGAAGAAUCGGAUCAACAAGGAUGGUGAACUUGUGAUAUCUUCUACCAAAACCAGAACGCAGAAAGGUAACAUCGACGAUGCACUUGAAAAACUACAGGCGAUAAUUGAUGCGGCUUCAUAUGUUCCACCUCCACCAUCAGAAGAACAAAAGAAGAAAAUAGUAAAGCUCGCUGCGAAAGCUGACAAUAAACGACUUAAAAGCAAAAAAGUUCUGUCAGACAAGAAAUCUGCGAGAAGAAGCCGCGGUAGUUACGAUGAUUAAACUUAAAACCAUACAAUGGAGUCCAGGUUGAUUCUAAAGCUUUUAACUUAAAAUGAUUGUUAUUUUCUUGGAAUUUAAUGUAACACAACAAUCAAAUCAUCCAAUAAAAAUUUGCAGUAUAUUGGAUUUUAUGUACAAACCACUCUUAUACAAAUUAUGAACAAAAAAAGUAUCAAACAUAACAUUCCUCACUUUUUGUUUUACUUUCGAAUAACAUGUUCUUCUCCUGAUCUUUGAUCAAAAUGCUUGAUCCAUUUUCUUUUGUUGCUGUUAUUAUCACUCUUCCCAGAGCUUCUUGCUGCGGCAACAUGAGCGAUUUCUAGACCACCAGAAACUGGAAGAGUCACUGUUCUCACAACAUUCCGGUCACUAAAUGCUUUUGUCCAACUGAAACACGAAGUGCUUCUUCGGUAACCGCUUCUGCAGACCACAACAGCUCCUCUGCUACCAAACACAGCGUUUCUCAAAACGUUUGCUGCGAAAUCCUUCUGAUCCCAGUCAACUACCAAGAAAUCGAUUCCUUGUAGCGUCUGCAUCGUGUGCUCCAAUUCCUCUCCUUCCUCGUUCAUAAUAAUCGUCUCCGGCAAGUUUGAGCAAGAUUGUUCUGCCAUGGCUUGAAGAUAAGCAGUUUGUGAUCUUGCGUUUGGUACUAUACAAAUGUGUCUUCCGUUUGUGUGUCGACUCGCUAUGUUUAAGCCAACGCUUAUGGCUAUAGUUUCUCCUUCUGACCAUGUUUCCACAAUCAAAUUGGCGUUCCAUCCUGCUGCCAUCGCCGCCACUAGCUCCGCCGCUCCCGGCGUUCCAAGAUUUUCACACUGCAAAAGUUGCCCAAUUUUUUUUAAAAAAACGUUACAAAUUGUUAAAAGAAAGGGCCAAGACGUGCAAAGAUCUAAGGUUUAUGUCUC